AUGGCGACUAUGGCGAGACCGUCUCCGAAGCGACGUGUGUCCAAGGCAGGCUUCGAAGAUGCUGCCGCCAUGCACCAGUUCUUGGAUAACUUCAGCGGUACCAACAGUCCCAAGCGCCACAACGUUGGCAGUAUGUCAUACGACGACCCACCACCGUUUCCCAAAAGCGUGAGUUUGCUUCGACAAGCAGCGCCGUUCAAGAUUCUCAUUCCCGAACAUACCCCCCUGUCGUGCGAGAAGAGCAGCUUAGACGCAUUGUUCCCAGCAGGACUAACUCCAAAGCAUGACAUGCGAGUGGAAAGUGGUGGACAUACCAACAAGUCUCUUUCCACCGCCGACGGUUUCUUUGCCAUUUCCACUGGACUCACCCCCAAACCCCACCGACACAGCAAUCAGUCUCCUAGCACCAGUCCUCGGUCUACUACGUCGAGCGACAGCGCUGGACCCCAGGAUUCGGCGCAAGCGUGCGAUUUUGAUGACUUGAGCGACGACGGCUUCGACUUUCUCACACCAUCCCCCGAGCUGCAGGGACCCUCCUCAGUCGACUUUUCAACGGAGUUGGAUACAAUUAACAACAACUACAACGCAGCACUAUGCACUCCCACGCCAAUCCUGGAAAUGUACAGCGGCAGCAUGGACGCGACGGUGGCCAUGAUGGCUGCGGGGUACCCACGGCCCAUGCUGAUGAGUCACCAACAAAACCCCCAUCACCACCAACUCACCCCCCAUCAACUACAGCACUUGCAUCACCACCACCAGCAGCAACAACAACACCAGCAACAUCUACAUCAUCCUUCGUCGGUCGCGGCCGGAUAUCCGCAACUGUUUGACCUGUCGUCGUCGACCAGUUUGAUGAUGGACAAGGGCGGCCAAAACAUGGUGCAUCCUGGCAGCUGGUGUGAAAAAGAAGACAAGUUGCUACGAAAGUCGGUCAAGAACUUGGGCACAAAGAACUGGAAGCAGGUUGCGAUGGUGCUUGGCACGGGCAAGUCGGACAUGCAGUGCCUCCACCGGUGGAACAAGGUGCUCAAGCCGGGGCUGCUGAAAGGCGCGUGGAGUGCCGAGGAGGACGACGUCCUUCGCACGCUCAUGACCAAGUUCGGCGUCGGCAACAUUCGGUGGGCCGACGUGGCGAAUCACAUUCAAGGGCGGACGGGGAAGCAGUGCCGCGAGCGAUGGCGCAACUGCCUCAGCCCUGACAUCAACAAGGGCGAAUGGACGCACUCGGAGGACGAAGUCAUGUUUCGAGCGCAGCAGACCAUGGGCAACCGAUGGAGUGAAAUAGCCAAGCUCUUGCCCGGGCGCACGGAAAACGCCAUAAAAAAUCGAUGGAAUUCCAGCGCCCGGAAAAACUGGUUUUCAAAGCAGGCGGGGAUGCCAACGGGGCAUCAUCACGACGGCAUGGGCGGGGAGGAUGCGGUGGAAGUCAAGUCGGAGAGCGCCAUGAGUCACUUUAACUUGGGCGACAUGGACAAAGCCAUCGUCCAACACAACCGCCACCGGUCCCGCAGCUACUCGGAAGACAGCAGCCUCUCGGUAGAGGACAGCUGCACCAGCAGCACCAUCGACGACCUGGACUUGGUCGAAGACGACAGCUUUCCGUCCACGUUUCUGGACCAGCUAAGUCCGUCCAAGGAUCUGCUGGACGACGACCUGAGCCUACUCUUCGACACGGUGGCUAAAGACUUUGAGACCAUCACUGCGUAA